CCUUGGGGGGCCAACCCGGAGAUUUGUGGAUGCUAUUUUUCUACCAGCUGUCAUCGCAACACCAAAUUUUAUACUGAUCCUGUUGAAGCUGUAAAAGAUAUACCUAAUGGGGCAACUAUACUUGUUGGUGGUUUUGGAUUGUGUGGGAUUCCUGAAAACCUCAUUGGGGGUUUACUGAAGACUGGAGUAAAGGGACUAACGGCAGUCAGUAAUAAUGCGGGUGUUGACAAUUUUGGACUUGGUCUUCUACUUCAGAGUAAGCAAAUAAAACGCAUGGUGUCAUCAUAUGUUGGAGAGAACGCUGAAUUUGAACGCCAGUACUUAUCUGGUGAGCUUGAAGUUGAGCUUACACCUCAGGGUACACUCGCUGAACGUAUCAGAGCAGGAGGAGCAGGAAUUCCAGCAUUUUACACCAGUACUGGCUAUGGGACGCUGGUGCAGGAAGGGGGUGCACCUAUCAAAUACAACACAGAUGGCACCAUUGCCAUUGCUAGCCAGCCAAGAGAGGUGAGAGAGUUUGAUGGCCGUCACUUUAUUCUGGAGAAGUCAAUUACAGGAGACUUUGCUCUUGUGAAGGCAUGGAAGGCUGAUCGUGCAGGAAACAUAAUUUUCAGGAAAACUGCAAGAAACUUCAAUCAACCUAUGUGUAAAGCUGCCCAGACAACUGUGGUAGAGGUGGAAGAAAUUGUUGAUAUAGGAGCAUUUGCCCCAGAAGACAUUCAUGUUCCCAAAAUCUAUGUUGAUCGUCUUAUACAAGGAGAGAAGUUUGAGAAGAGAAUUGAACGCUUAUCAAUCCGAAAGCCUGAAGAUUCAAAAGCGAAACAAAAGCAAGGAGACAAUGUGAGGGAGAGGAUCAUCAGACGAGCUGCUUUAGAAUUUGAGGAUGGCAUGUAUGCUAAUCUGGGUAUUGGAAUCCCACUGUUGGCCAGUAACUUCAUCAGUCCAGACAUAACUGUUCACUUACAGAGUGAAAAUGGAGUCCUGGGUUUGGGUCCUUAUCCACUUGAAAAUGAAGUCGAUCCAGACCUGAUUAAUGCAGGUAAGGAGACAGUCACUGUUCUUCCAGGUUCUUCCUAUUUCUCUAGUGAUGAAUCAUUUGCAAUGAUAAGAGGAGGCCAUGUUGAUUUGACAAUGCUUGGAGCUAUGCAGGUGUCUAAGUAUGGUGACCUGGCCAACUGGAUGAUUCCUGGUAAGAUGGUGAAAGGAAUGGGGGGUGCCAUGGACCUCGUAUCCAGUGCGCAGACCAAAGUGGUUGUCACCAUGGAGCACUCAGCCAAGGGCAACGUCCAUAAAAUCUUGGAAAAGUGCAAUUUACCACUUACUGGGAAACAAUGUGUAAACCGCAUCAUUACUGAGAAGGCUGUGUUUGAUGUGGACAAGAAGAAGGGAUUGACCCUUGUGGAAAUCUGGGAAGGACUGACAGUGGAUGAUAUCAAGAAAAGCACUGGCUGUGACUUCACAGUUUCGCCAAAACUGAUGCCUAUGAGGCAGAUUUAAAGUGAAAUACAGACUGGGCUUAACUUGCCAGAAGGCUUGUUUCCAGAUGAAGCUUGGUGAAGAGGAAUCAGUGACAGUUUUGCAAUUUUCCUGCUCUCUUUUUUUUUUUUUCAAAGGGCUUUGUAAGUAGUUUUCAGAUAGUUAAAUUCAUACUGUGACUAUCAGCCUAAAUUGCAUUUUACUUUCAUAACAUUACCAAUUUUAAUGGAAGGGUGAAUAUAUUCCCUAAAUAGUGAAUAAUGUUAUACUAAAAUGUUAAUGAAACUUGUCAAAAAAAAUGCCUUGUAUUCUGUCUGCCAAAUACAUCUUUUACAGAGAUUCAGAAAAUGACCAUGCAAAACUUAUGAUUGCCUCUGCUUUUCCUUAUGUCAUUAAACUUACAAACCACUCCAUUGCUCUGGAACUACAGCACUUACCAUGUCUAUUCUCCUGUAAAGGUGAGGGUUUGUUUCUGGAGUGCUCUGUAGCAAAUGUAUGCAGCUGUAGAGAGACAUCAGAAAUACGGACUUACCUUUUCUCAAACCUUUUAAUGAAUCUGUGAGAAAACUUUUUACCAGUGGAAAUAACUGUGUCCUUAGCCCAGAAUGCUGUGCUGUCCGUUGGCAUUAAGAAGCCUACACUUCCCAAAGUCCAACUCUGACCCCUUCUGUUUAAAUCAUACAAACUAGAAUGGGGCUAGUAUGAAGGAGGAAGAUUAGAAAGUCUCUGUCCCUGCGCAGACAGGUGAUAGCUGUACAGUUGUCCUGCAUUAACUGCUUUUACUCUCCAGAUACAAUCCUUUUCCCCAGCCCAUAUUCAAAGGCAAAUGAAGAUUGUUUCUGGAAUGAGAUCUGUCCUUCCAGUGUUAACAUAGAGAAACAGGGAGAAUGUUACAGACACUUGGAAGAUUCCUUCUGAAGAGAAUACAGUUGGUUUAGGGUUAAGGCUGUAAGUUUGCACCAUUUACUGAUCAAGGCAUCAGCAAAAAAUAGCGUUUGGAACCCAACCUCAUGAUACCAUAACUAGAAUGAAUGCCAUGAGACAAUCAAAAUGAAAAGUCAUUCUCUUAUACUGGUUCUGCUAUUUGAUAAAGAUUUUCCUUUCCCUGUUAUUAAUUACAAAAUGACUGUUAUUUUUGCAGAUAGCAAAUAUGACAGCAUUGGAUCUCACAUCCCAAAUCAGCACAAUAUUUAUUAUACAGAGCAUGAAUUGACUGGAAAUCCACAUUUACCAAAAUACAGUGUUCUCUCCAAGUAUAAUGGUUUCUGUCAUUCAUAUAAAUAGGAACACAUAAAACACUUCAGCUGAAAUGAUUCCUGACAUUUUUAAUAUCAGGACUAGAGCAGAUUAAGUGAUGGAAAACAUGCAAAAAUGUAGGUGCAUAAAUAAAUAUAUACAUAUAUAUAUAUAUAUAUAUAUGUAUGUGCCUAUCAUGCAUGUGAUAAACAGUGUUGGAAUAUGGUUAUGGAAAGGCAUUCUAAUACUAGGCGGAUGAGGUAUUCACCAUAGUCAGCAUAUGCUGUGGAAGGAAUGUAACACAUUUCUAGGGAACCAGAUAGGAAAAUCCUGCAGUAUUUUAUCUUCUGCAAUAGUCUUUGUACUGCAUUUUUCCACUCUAAAAUAAGAAAUGCUUCUCUUUCAUGGGACAGUUAAAAAAUUUGUCUUGAUCCAUGUAUGGGUUUUACAGAAGUAAAACUGGUUUGAUUAUAGAUUAUUUUGUUUAGCUGCACUUACUCUAAAUAAUUUU